CCCUUUCCCCUUCUUGUCCGCCCGCUGCGCAGUCAAGGCCCGACUGUCCUGGGCGAGGGACGGAAGAAAAGACGGUGUGCGAAAGUUGUUCCUUUGCUCCCUCCUUCACCUGCGGGAAGAAAGACAGAGAGACACAGGCAGCUUAUGUCUCGUGCGAUAAGGAAGACUGUGCAGGCCAUGCGGGACACACAGGGCGACAUGUCUGCCUGCAGGCCUCUUGUUUCGGGGGUCCACCUGCUACAAAGCAGUUGACACCGACUCCUCCACUCGCUGGAAAGUUAACUUGACAGGGGAUCGGUGCUGUGUUGUGUGACGAACCACAAUGAACGCACAUUCCGUGUGGCAUCACGCUUGUAUUCGGAGGAUAUGAUAGAUACUGCUGUGUUGAACAGCCACCUGUCGAGUCAACAAUCAGUCGCCAGCUACGUUCCCAGACCGCUAUGGGAGGGGCGCGAGUGUAGCAGGACUGACCUUUAACAUUUGUCGUCAUCUUAGCUGGUCGUGGAAACCGCCGCGCCGCCAUGUUUCGCUGGCUGAAAGACCGCAAGAAGGGAAAGAAGCAGGCAGAGGGCGGGGUGCGUUCUAAGGAAGACGACUACGGCUUCAAGCAAGGCUUCCCGGACAUGAAACGCGACCUGCCGCCAACUCCUGACGUCACUUCCGCCAGCAGCGCUGCCACGGACGACGACAGGUCCGUUCAUAUCUACGAGGAGAUUCCAGACCUGCCUUUCCGGUGCACGCCGGAAGGAGAGCUUCGCAUCCGGUUGGUGCGAGAAAGCGAUGGAGGUGGGGUAGAGAACUGUCACCUGGGGUCGGGGUCAGCAGGGGGAGCGACGCGAGACGUCAGCCCCUACAUGGUGGUGCCGCUGGAACGGUUGAUGGGGACACCGCUGGAGUUUCGCCCGCCGCGGCCAGAGCUGCACGGAGGUUCGUUCGCGGGCGCUGUCGUGGGACAUCAAAGGCGGUACCGCGCGCAGUGCGACGGGUGCAGCACAAGCUGCACGUGCGAAGGGUCGAGCGAGGGCACGACCACGCCCAGCUGGGAUGACUCCAGCGUCUUCAGCAGCACACUGGGCGCUGCUGCAGGCGGAGGCGGCAGCAGUGCUGCCGGUGACAUCAGUGACAGGCUGCUGAGUGCCAUCAACUUGACCCGCUUGCUGACGGCCAUCAGACUGUCGUCGUCGUCGGCCGAUACCCUCACCACGUCCCCCAUCUGCAUCGGUAUGGACAAAGACGGCAAGAACUUCAGCGUCAGCCUCAACGUCACACCAGUCUCGCACACGACCGCCAUCAAUGAUGAUGUCGACGAAGACAGCAACAACAACAACAACGAACAUCUAACACGGGGACCUGAUGCGGGAGAUGCUCCCGGACCUGGAGGUUCCUUCCCAGUCCCUCUGAGCAGAGUGCCUUGUCUGAGAUCCUGCAGCUGCGCCCUGAAGAAGCUGCGGAGCUGGACCAGGCCAAAAUCGAUGCCAUCAUCUCCAAGCUAUGUCCAGACACCUCGCGGCAACACCACCACCAUCACCACCAUCACCACCACCACCGUGAUUCUCAGUUACACGGCCACGUUCAGUUCCAUGACCCGAAGUCUAGCUGCCAAGACGGCGACGACCGCUUUGGUGACCUCACACGCGCGACAAGCGAGUGCGAAGAGGCGGAGAGUGGCCUGGACGGGGCGUUGUCGCAGCGCUACCUUGCGGCGCAGCGAGGGGAGAACAGCGACACGUGCUGCGAGUAUGACGUCAGCACGUCCACGUCCAGUGAGAGCGACCAGGUGAGCUACGACUAUUACCUGGCCAAAGUGCAGCGCACGCGAAGCCUUGAGUGCGCGGUACAGAAACUCAUUCGCAGGUCUGACUCCGACGGUGACUGUUACUGUGAUUCUGACGGUGAGGAGGUCGACGACGAAGUUGAGGAGAAGGUGGAUGGGUCAAAGGAUGUUGACGUGGAGGAGGAGGAGGAAGUUUGCGAGUGCGCUGCAGAUGGAAUUGGCCGCCAUCGUGAGGCGAAGGACGGUUUUUACACAGGGUCAAGACCUCGUGGCAGGACAACAAGGAGACGAAAGACUCCUUCACAACCGGAAGCAGAGUUAGCAGCGGACUCUGAUGACGGGACUAUGGCGGACAUGUCCGAGUCCGAAAACAGCAGUGGGUAUUACGAGUCGGCGGCGCAGUUCGAGCCCGGACUGGCGACCACUCGCGGGGCAAAGGAAGGGGUACCCACCCGGACAAGAAAAAGAAUUUCCAGCGUGGCAAGCGAAGCGGCAGUGAGAGCUACCCGAAAUGUCUCCUCACUUGGCGCAGACGGCGGUCCCGCUCGAGGACUGCACUCGUUCCCUUCUUCAGUCGCAGACCCCACGACCCCCACCGUGCGAAUAUCCCUCGCCGCCAACUUGCCGCGCGACAGGUCCUGUUCCCUCCCGUCUCUGACAGCUCCUGAUGGCACUCCUCUUUCCCUCGCUCUACAACCCUCCCGUGGUAAAUCUUGUAAAGGCAAGUGUUCAUCUGGCCGUAAAAACCAUCACCACCAGCACAGCCACCACCACCACCACCAUUCACAUCGUCAUCGGCAUUGUCGUCACCGCAGUCCCAGCAGAAGCUGCAAGCACCCUGGUGAGCGAUGCAGGUCAAACGACAGCGGCCUGGGGGAGAUAGGGAAGAAAGUCAAGUCCGACCCCAACGGUACCAAAGCCAAAGAUGAUGAUGGCGGUCAGAGCUCGGAACAAACAAAAGGAGGACUAAAGCGUAGUGGGGUCAAAGGUCGGGGCGACUCGGACAAGGUGCACGCAGACAGCGAACUGUGGACGAUGAGCGGGAAGAUUGAUGGCUCUAUCAAACAAAAACAUUGUCCGGGUGAGAAAAGCGGGUACAAAGACACCCCGGGCAACACUAAAUCGUCCUCGCGAAGCCAACGAGCUAGGGAAGGCCAAGGAGAUCCUUACGACCAUUAUUUUCCCCUUUUUCAGCAGCCCCAUCAUGACAGCGAAACCGCUGGCCGGAAAGGGCCACCAACUCGCGUGCUCAAGACCACCCCGAAAAACUCGAGAUGUAAAUCGGGUGGCAAGGCAGAAGGCAGGAAAAAAACUGGGCUGUCAGAGUUAGAGCUGCACCCGCCAAAAAUGGGGUGCGAGGAGGAGGGUGCUUGCCGUGACUCGCGAAGUCUCCACUACGCGGCAGGGGAGGUGUACUCCAUCCCCACCUCUCUUCCAGACCCCUCCGCCACCUCCUCCUACUCCGCGGUGAGGGCACUGAAGAGUGUGUCCUCUGUACCCAGUAAACUCUCUCUGGCCCGACACAUCCCCGAGAGUUCAGAGGUGUACGGAACUCGUGGUGGUGCGAACGGUAGUAACAAUCGUCUGCUGUCGGACCUGAUCAUGCUGAACUACAACAGACAGGUCUUUAAUCACGUGUGAGAAACAGAGAGAAAAACGUUAGAGCGAGUGAACUGUUCAUUGUUCGAAAUUUAAAAAAAAAAACACACACAACAGUAACAGACUCAAUUUUUCUGCUGCUGUGUAUUAUGAGAUGUUCCCAGAUUACACCUGUGCGAUAAUUUUUAUUCUUUUAAAUAAUAGCUAAUGUUCA